AUGGCUAUUAGAAAUGCUGUGAAGUAUGUUAGAUCAUCGGGUACAAGAUUGCAGUCCUUUCAGUUAAGGGUGCUGACAGGAAAGAUUAGUAGAGAGAGCUUGUGUUUGGACUGCAUAACUCGCUGGAACUCCACAUAUCUCAUGUUGUCUGCCGCUUUGAAGUUUAAGGUUGCUUUUGAGAAGCUCAAAGCCGAAGACAUAUUGUAUAAUGAUUAUUUUCUGGAAGUAGAGGAGAAUGGACAUAAGCGAGUUGGACCUCCUACUACGGAAGGGUGGGAAGAGGUGCAGAGGUUAGUGAAGUUUCUGAAAAUCUUCUUUGGCUGCACUUUAGCGUUCUCAGCAUCGAAGACAGUCACGUCCACCAUUUGUUACAAUGAGAUUGUGAUUAUCGAGAGGAACUUGAUUGCAUUGAGCAAUAGCAAAGAUGGAAUUCUACAGAUUCAAGCAAAGGAGAUGAGGAACAAAUUUGAGAAGUACUGGGAUGGACUUAUUAAUAUGAACCCACUGGUCAUCAUUGCAAGUGUGUUCGAUCCAAGGAACAAGAUGCAAUUUGCUUCUAUAUGUUUUAAUAAGCUGUACGGGAAGGAUAGUCUGGAGAGUGGUCAUCUCAGAACAUCAAUCAGGGCACUGAUGAAAUCGUUGUAUGAGGAGUAUGUGAGCAAGCUUAGCUCUUCAUCUCAAGGUGAUAGUCUCAGCAACGUUAUUGAUAAUAGGGAAGGUGAAGUUGGAACCAUGUUUGAUAUCUCUGAUGACGAUGACGAAGACUUUGAGAGGAUAGAUUCUUUGUAUUCAAAGAUGGUUUCAGAGGCAGCAAAUGAAGAAGGUAGCAGUGAACUCGACAUCUACUUGAUGGAAAAACCAGUACCACGAGGCUCAAACAACUUCGGCUUGGACUACAAUGUGUUAUCUUGGUGGAGGAAGAACUCUUGUAAGUUUCCAAUCUUGUCUGAACUAGCAAAAGAUGUGCUAGCUGUUCAAGUCUCCUAUGUUGCUUUAAAGUCAGCAUUCAGUACAAGUGGUAGGAUUUUAGAUCCGUUUCGUAGUUGUCUGACUCCAUAUAUGAUUGAAGCUCUUGUCUGCCUACAACACUGGCUUCGAAACAACAUCCAGGCUGAGAAGGUUGCAAGCUUGGUUCAGAUGUUUGAGGAACUCGAUUUUCAUGAGUCAUUAGAGUCUUUGCAAAUUCCGAGUGAAUCUGAUCAUUAG